UGACUCUUCAGUCAACCUUACAUUGUGUCUAAGUGAACCUGUAUCACACCUUUAUUUAUACUGCUCCCAAGUAUUAAGGAUCUUGAAAUUUUACUAUUAAACGGCUAUUGUGGAACAGCAAUCAUGACGGUGGGUAAGAGUAGCAAGAUGCUGCAACACAUUGACUAUAGGAUGAGAUGCAUCCUGCAAGAUGGAAGAAUCUUCAUUGGCACUUUUAAGGCUUUUGACAAGCAUAUGAAUUUGAUCCUCUGUGAUUGUGAUGAGUUCAGGAAGAUCAAGCCAAAGAAUGCAAAACAACCAGAGCGUGAAGAAAAACGGGUUUUGGGUCUGGUCUUGCUACGUGGAGAGAACUUGGUAUCCAUGACUGUGGAGGGUCCACCUCCUAAAGAUACUGGUAUUGCUCGUGUGCCACUUGCUGGCGCUGCAGGUGGCCCUGGGGUUGGGAGGGCAGCUGGAAGAGGAGUACCAGCUGGUGUACCUAUUCCCCAAGCUCCUGCUGGAUUAGCAGGUCCUGUCCGAGGAGUUGGAGGUCCAUCCCAGCAGGUCAUGACUCCACAGGGAAGAGGCACUGUAGCGGCUGCUGCAGUUGCUGCCACUGCCAGCAUUGCUGGAGCUCCAACACAAUAUCCACCAGGGCGUGGAACACCUCCUCCACCUGUAGGCAGAGCAACUCCGCCUCCAGGAAUUAUGGCUCCUCCACCUGGUAUGAGACCACCCAUGGGCCCACCAAUUGGCCUUCCCCCUGCUCGAGGGACACCUAUAGGCAUGCCCCCUCCAGGAAUGAGACCCCCCCCACCAGGAAUUAGAGGCCCACCUCCCCCAGGAAUGCGUCCACCAAGACCCUAAGAUAUGGUUGAUAAAUAUCAGCCUUACCUUUUCCCUGCAUUGUGUCUUGUGAAAUUGUGUAGCCUGCAAGCUUUAUGACCACUUCCUUACUGCAUUAAUUAUAGCUAAUAAAUGCAUAGAGCAAUUGAA